AUGGCUUUAGCAAAUAGGAGACUUGAGAACCUGCAGGUCUACAAAGUUCUUCAAUGUGUUCGCAACAAAGACAAGAAGCAGAUAGAGAAGCUGACCAAACUUGGAUACCCUGAACUGAUCAAUUUCACAGAGCCUAUUGAUGGACUUAGUGCCCUGCACUUGGCCGCUGUUGCCAAUGACAUUGACAUGGUCACCUUUCUACUUGGGCUUGGCGCUCACCCUGAUGUACAAGACCAAAUGGGCUGUACGCCGACGAUGAGGGCUGCAGAACUGGGCCAUGAGUUGUCAAUGGAAAUGUUAGCCAAGGCAAAUGCUGAUAUGACUAUAGUUGACAAUGAAGGAAAAGGUGUUUUGUUUUACUGCAUCUUACCCACUAAGCGGCAUUAUCGUUGCGCUCUGAUUGCCUUGGAGCAUGGUGCAGAUGUCAACAAUGUUACCUAUGAAGGAAAACCAGUAUUUCUUCGAGCUUGUGAAGAAGCACAUGAUGUUAAAGAUAUGUGCAUGACAUUUUUGGAGAAAGGAGCCAAUCCAAAUGCUUUCAACUCAUCCACAGGUCGUACAGCUUUGAUGGAGGCAUCGAGAGAAGGGGUGCUGGAACUAGUCCGAGAAAUCCUGGAACGAGGAGGCAAAGUGAAUGCCUUCGACAAUGAGAGACUCCACGCUGCCCAUUUUGCUGCCAAAGGAGGCUAUUUUGAUAUUUUGAAGCUUCUUUUUGCCUACAAUGGAGACAUGGGGAUAAUUGCAAUGAAUGGGAACACACCACUUCAUUAUGCUGCCAUGGGUGGUUUUGCGGAUUGCUGUAAAUACAUAGCUCAACGAGGUUGUGACCUGAAAUGGAAAAACUUAGAACACAAAACACCAAGAGCUGUGGCAAAAGAUGGAGGCUUCAAGGCUGCAAGCAAAGAAAUACGCCGAGCAGAGCGAAUUGCUAAUAAACUGGCUAAACAGGGAGACCAAAAUCCCAACCCAGUGUGGGCCCUCAGACUGCACGACUGGUCGAUAGAGCACGAGACUUUCCUUCGGGAAGCCUUUGCCAUCGUGGACAAAGGCGAUGGCACCAUCAGCAAAGAAGACUUCGUGCAGACCCUGGAGGAAAGACAAAGCUUUGCGAACGCGGAUCAGCUGGCUUUCGUAGCUCAACUGCAUGAGAAAAUCCGAGGAGGGGGAGUCAGCAUUAACGAUUUCUUUAAAGGAACCAAAUACUUAGGCAAGGCUUACGUCUUGGGAUCUUUUGGGCCAAAGAAAAAGAAGAAAGGGAUGGGCAAAAAGGGCAAGAAAGGCAAGUUCGUGUUACCCCUCCCAAUCUGCGUCAUCCCCGAGCAAGCAUUCCCAGGGCGGCCAGACGGUGGGCCACCCUAUUACAUGAUCGAAGCCUACCAAAACCUGACGGACUGUGGCCGCUUUACCCGAGACGCCCCGCCAGAGCAUCCCAUCCAAGAUGACUCCGUGUGGUACAUUGAUGAUACCGGGAGGAUAUAUUCAAACAUUAAUUUCAUCACCAAGGCAGGAGAUAUGGCAUCCCUGAAAAAGGCUUUUGAGUCCGGAAUACCUGUGGAUAUGAAAGAUAGGUACUACAAGACACCGCUCAUGACGGCUUGUGCCAAUGGAAACAUAGAUGUCGUGAAGUUUCUUCUUGAAAAAGGGGCAAAUGUUAAUGCGACAGAUAAUCUCCUGUGGACUCCACUUCAUUUUGCCUGCCAUGCAGGCCAGCAAGACAUUGUUGAACUGCUUGUUAAAAAUGGAGCUGCAAUAGAUGCACCUUCCAUCAACAAUUCAACUCCUUUAAGUAGAGCCAUUGAAAGCUGUAGACUAGAUACUGUAAAAUACCUACUCGAUAUGGGUGCUAAAUUCCAGUUGGAAAAUAGAAAAGGUCAUACUGCCAUGGAUAUUGCAAAGGCAUAUGCUGACUAUAGAAUCAUUGAGAUGAUUAAAGAAAAGCAAGAUAGCCUGGCCAAAACAGGAGAGAGUACAAAACUGAAAAUGAAGGUGUCUAAAAUGAAGACUGAUGGUCCUGACUCCAAGAAAGAAGAGGAAACACUUUCAUCAGUAUAUAAUAUACCAGCCAUAUCAGAAGAAAAGAAAGUACAUAAGGAUAAUGUGGUUUAUCUCAAUUCAUUGAUUACCAGUGGUUAUACCAAGAAAGUGGAUAUCACAUUUGUUCCACGAAGGACUUGGAGUCCUGAAGCCACAACAGCAGAGCUGGUCAAGAAGCGGGAGAUGCGGCGAGAGAGGUUUACAUAUGAGGUGGACUUUGAAGAUUUCAUGAUGCCUUUUCAGAAGAGCAUCACAGAGAAGGCAAAAGCACUGGAGAGUGCCCUUAAGAUCUAA